AUGAGCGCGGCCGAGGACGCGGAGUGGCUGCAGUGGGUGAGGAAGCAGUUUGGGAGCAUCGCGGGGCCGGACAAAGAAAUCGCCUUGGAAGAGUUCAAAACCGCUCUCCAAGUGAAGGAGUCCUUCUUCGCCGAGAGGUUCUUCGCGCUGUUCGACUCGGACGGGAGCGGGACCAUCAGCCUGGAGGAGCUGCUGAAAGCCCUGAGCCUGCUCGUACACGGGAAUGAGACGGACAAGCUGAGAUUCCUCUUCCAAGUUUACGAUGUGGAUGGCAAUUUCUGCAUCAAAGAUGCAAGCUGAAGGUAAAACCCUGGGGUUGUCAGGGCGCUACGGCGUAUGGGGGUCCCCGCUCUGACUCGCUGCGGCGCCCGCUCGCCCCAUGCAGGCAGCGGCUCCAUCGACCCGGACGAGCUGCGCGUGGUGCUGCGGUGGUGCCUGCGGGAGAGCGCGAUAGCCCUGCCCGAGGAGCGGCUGGGAGACCUCACCCUGGCCCUCUUCGAGGCUGCUGACAAGGACCACAGCGGCUCCAUCACCUUUGAGGAGCUCAGGGAGGAGCUGGAGGGUUUCCCCGAGGUCAUGGAGAACCUGACCAUCAGUGCAGCAAGCUGGCUGAAGCCCCCACCGCCCGUGGAGCGGAGCCGCCGGCCGCGCUACCUGACCCGGGCGUAUUGGCACAACCACCGCAGCAAGCUCGCCUUCCUGGGGGGCUACGCCAGCCUCAACCUCCUCCUCUUCGCCCUGGCCGCCCUGCAGCACGCCGGCCUGGGCGGGUGGGUGGCGGUGGCCCGGGGCUGCGGGCAGUGCCUGAACUUCAACUGCGCCUUCCUCGCAGUGCUGAUGCUGCGGAGGUGCCUGACCUGGCUGCGAGCUACCCCCAUCGCCAAGGUUUUGCCGCUGGACCAGCACGUUGUUUUCCACCAGCUCGUGGGUUACGUGGUGCUGGCGCUGGCGGCCGUUCACACGGCCGCCCACAUCGCCAACUUCAGCAGGCUGGCGCGGCAGGACGGGCGCCAUGCCCUCGCCGAGUACCUCCUGUCGGCACGGCCCGGCGUUGGGGGCCUGGGCGGCACGUGCGUCCGACGGAGCGGCCACUUCGAGGUCUUCUACUGGACCCACCUCUCCUACAUCUCCGUCUGGACCCUCCUCAUCCUCCACGGCCCCCACUUCUGGAAGUGGUUUGCGGUUCCCGGCUGCCUCUUCGUGCUGGAGAAGGUGGCCGGCUUGGCUCGGCGGCGUGCCGGGGGGCUGCGCAUCGUGGAGGUCAACCUGCUCCCCUCCAAGGUGACUCACCUGGUGAUCGAGAGACCGCAGUUUUUCCACUACAAGCCCGGGGACUACGUCUACCUGAACAUCCCGGCCAUCGCCACCUACGAGUGGCACCCCUUCACCAUCAGCAGCGCUCCCGAGCAGCAAGAGACCCUCUGGCUGCACAUCAGGUCGCUGGGCCAGUGGACCAACAAGCUGUACGAAUACUUCCAGCAGCCCGAAUCGCCCGGCCCGGAGCCAAAACCGCUCAGCAGGAGCCUGAGGGGGAAGAGACGCCGGUGCCGGGCGCAGGUUGGUGUCUCCACCGGGCUGGGCGAGACUCGUCGGCUCUGCAGCAUCAAGUGCUACAUCGACGGCCCCUACGGGACCCCAGCAUGGAGGAUCUUCACCUCGGAGCACGCCGUGCUCAUCGGCGCGGGCAUCGGCAUCACCCCCUUUGCCUCCAUUUUGCAGAGCAUCAUGUACCGCCGGCAAAAGCAGAGCUGCCCCAGCUGCCACUACUCGUGGUGCGAGGACCUGCGGGACGAGGAGAUGACACUCAGGAAGGUUGACUUCAUCUGGAUAAACCGGGACCAGAAGCACUUUGAGUGGUUCGUCAGCCUGCUAACGAAGCUGGAAAUGGAGCAGGCUGAGCAGGAGCCAGGAGGGCGGUUUUUGGAGAUGCACAUGUACAUGACAUCGGCCCUCAGCAAGAACGACAUGAAGGCCAUUGGGCUGCAGAUGGCCCUGGACCUGCUGGCCGCCAAGGAGCAGAGGGACUCGAUCACGGGGCUGCGGACCAGGACACAGCCCGGCCGCCCCGACUGGAGCAAGGUGUUUGGGAAGGUGGCGGAGGAGAAGAGAGGGAAAGUCCAGGUCUUCUUUUGUGGCUCACCGGCGCUUGCCAAAGUCAUCAGGGCUCACUGCGAGCACUUCGGCUUCCGCUUCUUCAAAGAAAACUUCUAA